CAUGCAAAACAAGACAGAAAUCCUGAAGAAGAUUUUUUUUUUUUUUUUUUUUUUGCAGAGUCAUGAGAAUAAAAUAAAAUAAAUGAAACCCUAAAGGAGAUUUAAUGGAAGUUGCAUUCUGAAACUUUGCUAAAACAUUUAUGCCUAGAUCUCACAUUGACUUAUUGUGUUCCAUUUUAUUUAUUACUACUUCAGUUUUCUUUACUCGGUCUUAAAAAGUUUGUAAAAGUGCUACAUACGUAUCCAAUUGGCUAUAAUGAUAUCAUAUUAUGCAUUCUUUGUAUUAUUGUUCUUCUCCUCGAAACGCUCUAAUCUUCAGAGGGUCUCUUUAAAGGUGGUCCAGCCCCUCCAUCAGUCAGUCACACGGAGUUCAGCUCAGUUUCUCUUCACACAUCUGUCGGAGUCCGCUAGAGACCCGCGCAGCUUCUCUCCAGUAAUGAGAAGAUCGUUGUCAGCUUUUACCAGGAUUCUGCUCGUUCUGCUUUCUGAAUGCUGCGUUACAGAGAAGAGUCUGUCUGUUCCCGUAACGGAGCUAUAUUGUGCGUGCACGAGGACUUCCCGUGUAACCUCACUGCUUUAGAUCCGUGCUUGUGAGGAGAGACUAUGUGUUCUUCAGGAUGGGGGCGAACAAUGGCAAACAGUGUGGAAGUGAAGGCAAGGGUAGCUCCAGUAUCUCCUCCGAUGUGAGCUCCAGCACUGAUCAUACGCCCACCAAAGCUCCCAAGAAUGUGGCUACCAGUGAAGAUUCGGACCCGAGCAUGAGGACGCUUAGCACUCCCAGUCCCGCUCUCAUUCUGAAGCCAAACCCUCCUCAAACAGUCCCAAACGGCCAUGAAACCUCGUCCACGUCUUUUACCGUCACUGGCGAAACAGUGGCGCUGGUACACGCGCCUCCAGGAUCUCGCUCACGUCCUUCCAGAGUCGCCCCCAGCGCCCUCAUCGACGCCCUGCCCGACCCCGUGUUAUUACAGGUGCUGUCUUACCUGUGCACCCCUCAGCUGUGCCGCUGCGCUCGAGUGAGCCGCCGCUGGUAUAACCUGGCCUGGGACCCGCGGCUCUGGAGCACCAUCCGUCUGACCGGAGAGCUGCUGAGCGCUGACCGAGCCCUCAAAGUGCUCACCCAUCGCUUGUGUCAGGACACUCCCAACGUGUGUCUGACCCUGGAGACGGUGGUGGUCAGCGGCUGCCGGAGACUGUCUGAUCGAGGGCUGCGUGUGGUCGCUCAGUGCUGUCCAGAACUGCGGCGUUUGGAGGUUGCGGGCUGCUAUAAUGUGUCCAACGAAGCAGUGUUUGAUGUGGUUUCCCAGUGUCCCAAUCUGGAACAUCUAGACGUGUCAGGCUGCCCUAAAGUGACCUGUAUCAGCUUGACAGAGGAGGCGACUCUACAGCUCACACCUCUACAUGGACAGCAGAUCGGCCUGCAGCACCUGGACAUGACAGACUGUGUAUCACUGGAGGAUAAAGGCUUGAGGACCAUUGCAUUUCAUUGUCCGCGUCUCACACACCUCUACCUGCGGCGCUGCAGCCGGCUAACAGACGAGGCCCUGCGACAGCUAGCACUGCACUGCACCGCUUUACGUGAGCUUAGCCUUAGCGACUGCCCUCUGAUUGGAGACUUUGGCUUACGUGAGGUCGCUCGCCUUGAGGGCCGUUUACGCUAUCUGAGCGUGGCGCAUUGUAUGCGCAUAACAGACGUUGGACUGCGUUAUGUAGCACGUUACUGUCCGCGGCUCCGCUACCUGAAUGCGCGGGGAUGCGAGGGGCUAACAGACCAAGGUUUGAGCCACUUAGCUCGCAACUGCUCCCGAUUGCGGUCUAUAGAUGUUGGCCGCUGCCCGCUGGUGUCAGACGCCGGGUUGGAGGUGUUAGCACGCUGUUGUGAAGGGCUACGAAGGCUGAGUCUGAGGGGCUGUGAGAGUUUGACAGGGAGAGGGCUCAUGGCGCUAGCAGUGGGAUGUCCCGAGCUGCAGUUACUAAACAUACAGGAGUGUGAGGUGCCACCUGAGGCACUUCGACUGGUCCGACAGCACUGCAGACGCUGUGUUAUCGAACACACUAUACCUGCUUUCUACUGAGGGGACAGGUUGGGGACGCCAGAGGUGUCGACCUCUUAGAAAAACAGAUGUUUAUACUUUUUGCAUUCCUAUGACUGCCUGAUGAGAUGCAACAAGGAGGAUAUGUCUCAAAACAUGGUACUGGGGUGCUUAGUCCAGGAGUCACCAAACUUGAUCCAAAUUUGCCUCAAUACACCUGCCUGGAAGUUUCAAGUAUACCUAGUAAGACCUUGAUUAGCUUGUUCAGGUUAGGGUUGGCGCUAAAACUCCUCUUUUUCUCGCUCCUUCAUCCUCCAUCCUAUGACUUUGGCUGCGUUCCAGUUCACUUUUGUUAUAACCUUCACUCGCUAACUUCCUUCCAGCUCAUUACUCGGAUGAACAUCAUUGAUUACGUUGCAUGAGUACCCACUACUGGCUGAAUGGAAUGGGCUGAAUUGGAACAUCCUAAGCCCUUCAUCACUUAGAAUAUGCUAUGGAAUUGGUUUACUGUUAACACAUGUCCCCUUACAAAAUAGUUUGGUGAAGAAUUCUAUAUGUAUAAAAGAAAUUCAAAAAUGGUUGCAGGGAUUCCCUUGAGGGCAAGUGCACAGAGAAGUUUGUUAGUGCAUGUCUAAAAGUGAACUGGAAUGCAGCCUUGUCCUUCUCUCAUCCUGAGGGGUUUGGAGCUAAGACACAAGGAAAGGAAGUGAGGAAAGGAAAGAGGAUGCACAGAUAAGAAUUGAGAAGCACCCCUGCACUCCAGGGCUGAGUCUGGUGACCCCUGACUUGAUAAGGACCCCUCUGCCCUGGAAUGCCACUCAUGCAGAGUCUAGCUCCAACACACCUGACCAAAAGUAAUCUAGUAAUCCUGACUGUAAUUGGUUGGUUCAGAUGUGUUUAAAUUGGGUUGGACCUAAACUCUACAGGACAGAGGCCUUCCAGGAGAAGGGCUGGACAUUCUUUACCUAGUUAAUCAAUUUGCUUUCUACUGCAGUGUUUCCUAACCCUGUUGCUGGAGGCAGACCAACAGUACAUUUGGAAUGUCUCCCUACUAACAAGCAAAUGAGUUUGAAUUAGAUUUGUAAUUAUGAAGAGUUUGAAAAUGUGUUCCGUGUCUUCACAAACAAGUAUGGGAAACACUGGUCUUCUGCCGAAAUUCUGGAGCAACUCAAGGGUGUCAACCCCUGCUCCUGAAGGAUCAAUGUUGUGCAGAGUUUAGCUCCGACACACCUGUCCAGACAUUUCUAGUAAUCCUAAAGAACUUGAUUAGCUUGUGUUUAAUUCAUGUUAAAGUUAAACUCUGCAGGGCAGUGACCCUCCAGGUGCAGAAUAGGUCACACCUGACCUAGUGAGACAACUUGUUAUCUACUGCAGUGUUUUCCAAUCCUGUUUCUGGAGGCAAUCAAACAGUACACAUUUUGGGGGUCUCCUUUAUCUGACCCAUCCACUUCAAGUCUAGUAGUCACUACUAUCAAGCUGAUGAGUUUAUUAAGAGAUCUUUGAUUAGGAAGAGUUUGAAAUUCUGGCGCAACUCAGUGCUUCUGGAGGAUCACUGUCCUGUGGUCCUUCAGGUGGAGACAUGUCACCUCUGACCUUAUGAAUCAGUUCGUUGUCUACUGCAGUGUUUCCCAACCCUGUUUUUGGAGGCACACCAACAGUAGACAUUUUGGAUGUCUCCUUUAUCCGACCAUCCAUUUCAAGUCUUGGAGUCUCUACUAAUGAGCUGAUUAGCAGACAAGCUUGAUUAUCUUGUUCAGAUGUAUUUAAUUUGGGUUGGAGAUAAACUUUAAUGGGAAGUGGCCCUCUGGGAGCAGGAUUGGACACCCCUGACCUAUUGAGUUAAUUUGCUGUCUCCUACAGUGUUUUCUUACAUUGUUCCUUAAGGCACACCACCAGUGCAAUUUUGGAUGUCUCCCUUGGGGACUUGGGAGACACUGGUUCCUGCCUACUCUGGGGUCUCAAACUUUGCUCCUAGGGGAGACUGUCAGCAGAGUUUAGCUCCAACACACCUGGGGCCCGUUUCACUAAGGAGGUUCAACCAACUCUGAGUUGACUUACCCUGAGAUGAGAAGCUUUUCGGUUACAGAACAGUUGAAAUUAGUUGGUUUAAUCAACUCUAAAUUGACUGACUCUGAGUUAAGCGCGUGCACCACAACUAUAAAAAUCCAUUAUCAAUCUUCAGUCUCAAUACAAAUGUAAUUCUUCUCAGUGUUAUAUCACAGGUGAAAACUGGCAGAAUGUUAGUUUAAUGAACUAAUAGCUAAUCAUUUUAUGGUAUCUCACGGUCAAAUAUAUAUAAAUAUAUAUAUAAUCAUAUUAAUAAUAAUAUUUUAAGUGCAUUUUUCUUAUUUUACAAAUUAUCUGCCAAUAGAGUAAGAAAAAUACAGCAGUGGCUAUUUACACUAAGUGGAAUUAACAUACUUUCUUACUGAUAGAUCCUAUUUACAGUAGGCUAAGUGCAAGUAGCUCUAGAUGCUAUUUACAGAAAAAAAUGUACAGUGAAAAUUGUGAUAUAUUCUAUUUACCAUGUAAAAGUUGCAGUUCUUUGCAACAGGCUAAGUGUAAAUAAUAAUUAGAUGCUAAUAAUACUUUAUACUGGAGGAUACAUUUGCACCUCAGUAUUGUUAUACAUUAACAAGAUUAUAAAUUAUUAUAUUUAUUACAAUUAUAAAUAGUUGCAUCAUUAUUAAACACUCAUUAGGCACUUUACUUCCACUUUUAGAACAUUUUGUUCAUUUUUAGUGAAAAUAAAUUCUAAUGUGACAUGUGAUGGGAAAAGUGAGAAGAACGAGCUCGGCAAAAGCCGGAUCAAUUGCAUUACAAGCUAGAAAAAAAAAAAAAAACCUUAGUAAGAAGAGCAUUUUUCCAACGUGCAUCAAUUGAGUGUUUAAAAAGGGGGAGGAGACCGAAAGAAACUCUGGGUUUACUGAAGAAAACAUGCUCCUGACCAGGUUAGGUUCAUAGAGUAAGUUACCAUGGUAACUGAGUCUGAGUAUAAGAUACUUCUCUUUCAGAAACGGGCACGACUUAUCCUGCUCUCUCGGGUUUGACAAACCUUCCAUUCUGAAACAGAAAAUCUAGAGUUUCCCUCAUUUCAAGGUUAACAUACUCAGAGUUUUCACUUAACCUGCUUUGUGAAACAGGCCCCUGCUUAGAAGUUUGUAAGGAACUUGAUGAACUUGUUUAGAUUUCAUUUUAAUUUGGGUUGGAGCUAAACUUUGCUGGAAGGUGGCUCUCCAGGAGCCAGAUCAAAUUCUGGUCAUAAAGGGACACCUUCCCUGCAGAGUCUAGCUCAGUGUUCUCAAACAUAAUUCCUGGAGGGCCACAGUUCUGCAGGGUUUUGCUCCAACCCUAAUCAAACACACCUGAUCCAGCCAAUCAAAGCCUUCAGGAUUACUAGAAACUUCUAAGCAGGUGUGAACUGAAGCUGGUUGAGGCUAAGCUCUGCAGAGCAGUCACUGAGUUUGAAGCUGUAAACCUAAUUAAACCAGUUCUUCAGGAUUACUAAGAAUCUCUGGACAGGUGUGCUGGAGGCCUUACAGGAGCGAGGUUUGAUAUUAAUGGAUAUUAAUAUUAAUUCUAACCUUGUGACAAUUUUGGCAGUAGCAUGUCGAAGGAAGGUCCUUAGGUUUUGAGACACAUCUGGUGCAUAAUGUUGCUUCUUGCAGAGCUGUACCAUGCUCUUGUAAUAAAUAAAUAAAAAUUGCCUACAUGACAUAUAGCAUAAUAUUUAUCACAUGGAAGAGAUGUAUUAUAUUACUGUACGUCACCAGUAAGCUGAUGUUUCCUAAGGGUCUGAACUAUGUUUAUUUGGGUUGAUUCAUGUUGUGUUUUCUACAAAAGCUCUUUAGCUGGUUGUCCAGAGUCUGUCUCAUUACAUUGUUUACUUUAACUUUAACUUUAGCAAACUUUAAAACUUUUAAUAAUGAACUACUUGCUUUUUCCAUAGAAGUGGUGAAUAAGAUGAUAUUUUUUUUUUUUUUUUUUUUGGGUGAACUAUUCUUUUACUAACAAAUCUUACUAGUUUACUUCAGAAAAAUUAUAUCUGAUUUCAAGAGACCAUCUCUGUUCAAAAUAACUAGGAAAAUAUGGGCAUUUGCACUUUAAAGGGCAUUACUGACAAUCCCAAAAUUACCCAAAGGUCUUAAGUCUUUUAUUCGAUAUUCCCCUCAGAUAACGCUAGUCAAGGAUUACAUGAGAUUUGUAAAUUGUUUCAUUUUGUGAAAGCAAUAUGUUGCUGCUAAAAACACCCAAUAAAGGGCUACUUAUUUACAAUCAAA